AGAUUAUGAGUGCGAAACUUGAAGCCCCCGAGCGUCGUCAGCUGGCUGCGAAGAGUUCAGUGCCGCCCGCGACCGCCCGGCUUCCUCCCAGACCUGAUUAGGGACGACGACUGCAGGCGGUUGUUGUGAGCGUAGGCUGGAGUUCAAUACCCUCGGAAGUGUUCAUUUAUUUCGACGCCUAAGAGCAACGGGCCGUCAUGAAGCUAACUCAAGGUCAUCGCCCUGACAGCAGCCGUCUUCUUGAGAGCUCCAGCGUCUUCGGCGUCUUCCAAGGACAAACGAAUCAAAAGUGCGGAUAUGAGAGCUGUCCGGCGACCAGACCGGGCAUGUUAAACGUCCACGUGCUGGCCCACACACACAUGGAUCUGGGAUGGCUGAAGACAGUCGACCAGUACUUCUAUGGAACUAAGAAUUAUUACGCAAACGUGGGCGUGCGCUACAUCUUCGAGAGCGUGCUGAAUGAGCUGGAGAAUGACCCAAGCCGGCGAUUCAUCUUCGUCGAGACAGGCUUCUUCAACCUCUGGUGGAAGACGCUCAGCGAAAACAGGAAAAAGCGCUUCAACGCGCUCGUCCAGUCUGGUCGCUUGGAGUUCAUCAGCGGUGGCUGGGUGAUGAACGACGAAGCAUGCGUCCACUACACCAACGUGAUCGAUCAAAUGACAUAUGGUAUGCGCAAGCUCAACGACACCUUCGGCAAAUGCGGUGUACCGAGGAUAGGAUGGCAAAUUGAUCCUUUCGGCCACUCCAGAGAAUUCGCAUCCCUUCUGGCGCAGAUGGGAAUGGACGGGUACUUUUUUGGACGACUCGAUUACCAAGAUUUCAGAGCACGCAAGAAAGAUCACCGACUAGAAUUUGUUUGGAGUGCCAGCGAGAACCUAGGAAAGGCGGCAAAUAUUUUUACGGGUAUCUUACCGAACACAUACAGCCCCCCGAUGGGAUUUUGCUUCGAUAUCUACUGCUCCGAUGAGGCCAUAGUGGAUGACCCCGAUAGUGAUGAGUACAACGUCAAUUACAAGGUAGAUGAAUUCCUCAGCUACGCGAAGCAAACGGCAUACAACUACAAGACGAGAAAUGUUCCCAUCACUAUGGGAAAUGACUUCAACUACCAGAGCGCUGGUCAUUGGUUCAUCAACUUGGACAAACUCAUUCAUCACGCUAACCUCAGGUCGGACAAAACCAAAGUGCAUCUGCUAUAUUCGACGCCGUCGUGCUACCUAAAGGCACUACACGCAUCCAGAACUGGUUGGCCCACAAAGACGGACGACUUCUUUCCGUACGCGAGUGACCCACACGCCUUCUGGACUGGGUACUUCACCAGUCGGCCAGCCUUCAAGUUCCUUGAUCGGUACGCCAACAAUCAGCUACAGGCGGCUAAGCAACUGGGUGUCCUGGCUGGUCCCAAAGAGGUCACGGAGACCUCUCUGGAUGUGUUACGCGAAGCCUUGGCUAUCGGACAGCACCAUGAUGCCAUUACGGGAACAGCUAAACAGGUUGUAACCAAUGACUACGUUAAGCGCAUCACACGUGGCCUCAUUACAAGUGAUAACUACACAAACGACGCAUUCACAAAGCUCUUGUCUAAGAAGCUGAAACCGGGAAAAUCAAGGCUCGUGCGUUGCCACACAUUGAACAUAAGUGCCUGCGAAAUCACGGAAACAUCUGGCGAGGUUUCCAUCAUUUUGUACAAUCCUCAGGCAAGGCCCUAUCGCACCCAUCUUAGAAUACCAGUUUUAGGAACUGCUUGGCGUGUUCUCGAUGCCAACCACAACGAGGUGUCAUCGCAGAUAACGCCUAUACCGACCGGAGUGAUCAAUCUUCCGGAAAGAUUCAGCAACGCCAACCAAGAAGUCGUGUUCAAGGCCACUCUCCCGGCGCUGGGCUUCACGACGUUUUUCCUCGAAGCUGACAAUUUCUUGAAAAAGCAAUCAAGACAUGAGAAUAAGAAAGGCACAAGUCAGUUUUUGAGAGAUACCACAGGAACAUGCCACGAUAUCGGUUCCACAGAAAUGGUCCUGCAAGGACAGCGUACAAGCGCAAUCAUUGAUUGCACAUCUGGCCUCCUCCGUGCCAUCUCGUAUAACGGGACGACCAUUCCUGUAAAACAGUCGUUCUACUGGUACACCGCUUUCCCGGGUAACAACACCAUGUUCGUGAAUCGUGCUUCUGGUGCCUACAUCUUCCGACCUCUUAAACAGGAACCGUUACCGGUAGCAGAGAAAGCCGAGCUGGUCUACAUUGAAAAAAAUGGUUCGCUUGUCCAAGAAGUGCACCAAAGGUUCUCGGAUUGGCUGACGCAAGUGAUACGAGUCUACGACGAUGCAGAUUUCGUCGAGUUUGACUGGGUCGUUGGCUCAAUUCCUGUGGCAGAUGAGAUUGGAAAGGAAAUCAUUACGCGGUUCGACACUGAUUUCCAGAAUAACGGAGUCUUUUAUACAGACGCCAAUGGAAGAGAAAUUCUUCAGCGAAGCCUAAAUUUCAGGCCGACCUGGAGUGUUUAUAUAAAAGAGCCAGUGGCUGGAAACUAUUACCCUGUCAACAGCAGGAUCUUCAUAAGAGACCCCCAUCGGGACCUUCAGUUCACCGUGCUCACUGAUCGCUCUCAGGGAGGCAGCAGCCUGCGAAAUGGCUCCAUAGAAUUGAUGGUUCACCGGCGGCUGCUGUAUGACGACGCAUUUGGCGUUGAAGAGGCCCUCAACGAGACGUACUAUGAUGAUCGGGGUGUGGUGGUGCGUGGGACGCACCGGGUCACCCUAAGCUCCGUGAACGAAGCAGCGAAAAUUCACCGACCUCUGGCCCAGGCUAUCUAUUCGGCUCCUACUCUCCACUUUUCGAGUGUACGCCGCAAACCCUACAAGUACAAGUACAAAACCAAUUGCACAGCUCUUGCGAAGCCACUGCCUCCCAACGUGCACUUGCUGACCCUUGAGAACUGGAAUAAAGAGGACAAGGUCUUGAUGCGACUGGAACACUUCUUCGAGCUUAAAGACCACGCGGGAGAGCUCUCUCUGCCGGUUCAGUUCAGCCUACAGGAGGCUUUCGUGCGGAACAUAACAAGUGUUACUGAGAUGAACUUGGCUGCCACAAAAACAAGAGAAGAGACCGUGCGUCUCGAAUUCAAGCCCACCUGGACCCACAUAACCAAACGCGACUUGCCAGGACAUUGGACAACAGGACUGAAGGACCUACAGCAACGGUUUUCACAGAAAGAAAUUCAGCAGAGCGGGGAUUCUCAAGGUGACGAGAAAGGAUCACAGCCUGUACAUGGCCCGGAAUACAACGUGUACCUGACACCGAUGCAGAUCAGGACAUUUCUCUUGACUUUCUCCUCAGACGACAAGAAGCACAUGAUUUGCUCAAUUGAUUAAAGCUUGAAGAGCGAGCAACACACCUUCGCUCUCUCAUACAAACUCCUCGUCCAGCAUCGUUAUGACUGCUGAAGCAUGACUUGCGACUCGGCUGUGUUAGAAAAAAAAUGUCUAUUAUCAAUAGUAAAACUCUUUUCAAGCUCUGUGCAA